AAACAGUUCCCUGUUUGGAUCUAACCACUUAGCACUCUUUUGUAAUUAACCUACCGGCUUCAGACCCUGCACUCCAAAGGAGGAGACUGCCUUGGCCCUGUGGUGCACCCCACUGCAAACAAUGUGCCAGAGGAGGACAUCUCCAGCUCCUCAAGCACUGGACAGCCAGACACACCACACCAGCCCUGAAGCUGCUGCCUGGAACCCUUCCACGCGCCCUCAGUGCAGCGAGGAGGGGGCUCUGCACCCCAGCCCCCCGAGCUGCCCCAUCUCCCUGCCUUGGCCUCCUGGCACAUCCCCACCACCACGCCGCCGAGCCGGUGCCCUGACCACGUCUUUUUCCAGUCCCAACAAAGACCUCCCAGUGCCGCUGGGCGAGCUCCUGAGCUGGGUCUCCGACAUCAGCAGGUCAUGGAUGGGCUCGAGGGGAGCCCCGGAGGCAGCAGCUGCUCGGCCGUGCUCACCUGCGCAGGUGCGCCGUGCUGCAGGAAACACCGGAGAUGGUGCGGAGGGGUCGCCAUGGGACAGGGAAGAGAUGGAGAGAGCCUGUCUGCGCUCAGAGCAGAGACUGGAGGUGCAGGAGCAGCUUCUCGCCCUGCGGCACUGGCUGGACGCCGUAGAGAAGCGGCUGCUGGCGCUGCCAGAGCCCGGCACGGCCCUGCAGGUGUCCUCACGGGCUGUCCCUGUCCCAGAGGAGGCAGCGGACCGGGGCCAGGAGACGCUGGAGCGGCUGCAGGCCUGGGUGGCCGACAUGGAGGAGUUGGUGAGCAACCAGAAGCCGCCGUCGGCGGAGGCGAAGGUGGUGAAGGCGCAGCUGGAGGAGCAGAAGCUCCUGAAGCGCCUGCUGGAGGAACGGAGGCCGUGUGUGGAGCUCGUCCUGCAGGACAGACUGACGGCACAGGGCUCGGGCACGGCGGCGCCCAAGGGCAGUGCUGGCAUCUUCAGCCUUGGGGAGAGGUGGGACAAGCUGAUGCAGGAGGCUGAAGCCAGGUACGGCUGCCUGGAGCGGAUCCUGCCGGCAGCCCAGGGCUUCCAGGAGGCCGUAGACGCCUUCCAGGAGUGGCUCGGUGCCACGGAGCGGCAGCUGGCCCAGCUCUGGUGUGCUGAUGGCUGUGUGGGCCACAUGCAGGAUGCCCACCAGCAGACCCAGGCCCUCUGUGAGGAGAUCCGCGGGCGGCUGGGAGAGCUGGAUGGCGCCCUGGAGAGCGGGCAGCGGGUCCUGGAGCUGGUGACAGGGGAGGAGGCCCAGCUGACUCAGGAGAAGAUGGAGUCGCUGAGGAUGCGGUACCUCAUCGUGGGCCAGAGCAGUGCUGACACUGCUCACCGGCUGGGGCAGACCCUGGAGGCCUCGUCCCGCCUGGGCACGGCCCCUGAGGACCUGGCACUGUGGCUGAGCCGCAUGGAGAAGGAGCUGGGCGAGCAGGAGAGCCAGCAGGAUGGCCAGGAGCCCUCGGUCACUGCCAGUGACAGGGAGAAGUUUGAGCAGGUCCUGGAGUCCCAGCUCAGCCGUGUGGCUGGGCUGGGGGAGCGGCUGGAGGAGAUCGGCCGUGUGCAGCUGGAUGCUGAGGCUCUCCGCUCGCAGAUCUCCGAGCAGAAGCUGCUCUCUGCUGAGAUCCUGCAUUGCCGGGGCCUGGUUGAGCGUCUGCUGGGGUUCUCGGAGCCGCUGCUGCGCUGCUGCCCCGAGCCCCUGCGGCAGCACCUGCAGCUGUCGGUGCAGGCGCUGCGGGAGCGCACGGAGCAGCUGUCCCUGCGCAGCAGCGCCUGUGCUGUGCAGCUGGAGCACGCCCAGUCCCUGCUCACUCAGUUCUCCGAGGCCCUCGAGGAGCUGCUGCCCUGGCUGGAGGAGACGCAGGCCCUGGGGGUGCAGCUCUCCCCCAACGCCAUCAGCUAUGAGGCCUUCAAGGAGCAGCAGGCGCUGCUGCAGAGCCUGCGGGAGGCGAUUGCCGAGCACCGGCCACUGGUGGGGAAGCUGCAGCGCGUGUCAGCGCAGCUGCUGGAGCUGAGCCCAGAGCAGGGAGCCCCGUUCCAGCAGCGCUGGCAGGAGGUGGAGGAGCAGUACAGCCACAUCCGCGAGCGGGUGCGCCAGGCAGCGGCUCUGCUGGAGGAUGCCCUGCCGCGAUACAGCCAGCUGUCGGAGCGCAUGGACCUGCUGCUGGAGUGCCUGGAGCGGCUGCAGAGCCGGCUGCAGAGCCAGCCCCCCGUCCGCGGCGACGCGGCCCACUUGAGGGAGCAGAUCCGGGAGAACAGCCUGGCCCUGGGCGAGCUGGAGAAGCUCGGGGUGGCCCUGGAGGGCAUCCGUGCACAGGGCGAGGAGCUGCUGGCCACCAUGCAGGCGGCCAGCUCCGACGCCGCGGCCAGAGGGAUCCAGGAGCGCACGGCGCAGCUGCUGUCCCAGUGGGGCUGCCUGCGUGGCCGCUGCCAGGAGCAGGAGCGCUGGCUUCGGGAGCUGCUGGCACUGGCCGAGCGCUUCUGGCACGGCCUGUCUGAGCUGGCCGUGGCGCUCAGUGACACCCAGCAGCUGGUGCUGGGGCUGGAGGAGGCCGGUGGCGAGCCCGAGGCCAUUCGCACGCAGCUGCGCACCAUGCAGGCCCUGCGGGAGGAGAUCGACGCGCUGCAGGGUGAGCUGGACACGCUGGGCAGCCUGGGCGUGGAGCUGAUGGCGUCCUGCGGGGACCCUGACAAGCCCGAUGUCACCAAGAGCCUGGACGAUCUCUACUCCUCCUGGCACAGCCUGAGCCGUGCGUGGACGGAGCGGAACGGGCGCCUCGAGGAGCAGCUCCAGGCCGCCCUCAGCUACCAGGACACCAUGCAGCGGCUGCUGGAGUGGCUGGAUGCAGCCGAGCUGCGCAUCGCCGAGGAGUUCCUGGUGGGCGGGGACCUGGACAUGGUGCAGCAGCAGCUGGCCGAGCUCAAGGAGUUCAAGCGGGAGCUGUACCAGUGCAAGGUGGAUGUGGAGAGCCUGCGGCACCAGGGGGGCACGGGGCAGGGGGACCCCCCGGCCACGCUCAGCGACUUCCGCCAGCGCUGGGACCACCUGGAGGAGGAGAUCGUCAGCCGGCAGCACCAGCUGGAGGCAGCGCUGCUGGGGCUGGGGCAGUUCCAGCACCAGCUGGCCGAGCUGCUGCAGUGGCUGAGCCGCACCGGGGAGCAGCUGCGCGGCCCUGCACCCUUGCGGCCUGACCUGCAGAGCUGCGAGAUCGAGCUGGCCAAGCACAAGGUGCUGCGCACGGACGUGAUGUCCCACGCCCGCACGGUGCAGUCGGUGACCGAGGCUGGGCAGGGGCUGCUGCUCUCCAGCCUGGGCGAGAGCGUGGAGGGGCUGCAGCGCAGCCUGCAGCAGCUGGAGCAGCACUGGGACCUGGUGCGCAGCGAGACCGAGAGCCGGCAGCUGGAGCUGGAGAACAACCUCAGCCAGGUGCAGGACAUCACGCUGGAGAUCACGGAGCUGCUGCAGUGGCUGGAGCAGGUGGAGCUGCAGCUCUUCUGCUCCAAGCCGGCCUGGGGCCACCCGGAUGCCACCAAAGAGAAGCUCAAUGCACACCUGGAGCUGUGCCGGGAGCUGGAGGCGCGGGCCGUGUCCUACCGGGGGCUGCGGGAGCGGCUGCAGCGGCUGCUGGACUCGUGCCGCGCCGGCCGGCCCUGCAGCACCGAGCACAGCCUGCGGCUCCUGGAGCAGAAGUGGGAGAGCGUCCAGGCCGAGGCCCAGGAGCGGAAGGAGCGCCUGGCCGAGGGGCUGACGGUCACCACCGAGUUCCACGGCUCCGCGCAGGAGCUGCUGCGCUGGGUGGCCCACGCCGAGGAGCUGCUGGGGUCCCCCGCGCCCCCCAGCUUCGUGCUGGACACCGUCACCGCCCAGAUCCAGGAGCACAAGGCCCUGGUGAAGGAGGCGAACGCCCACGGGGAGAAGCUGGGCGGGCUGGAGGCCGUGGCGGCGCGCCUGAAGGACUUCAGUCGGAAGCAGGACGGGGCCGUCAUCCAGAACCUGGUGCUGGCGGCCCGGGAGCGGCUGGGCAAGGUCCUGCAGCGGGCGGCCGAGCGCGGGGCGGUGCUGGAGGAGGCCCGAAAACGCAGCAAGCAGUUCAGCGAGUCCCGGCGGCUGCUUCUGGACUGGAUGGACGAGGUGGAGCAGAGCCUGGAGGUGCCGCAGGACGCUGCCACCAGCCAGGAGGAGAUCAAGUGCCAGCUGGCUGAGCACAAGGCAUUCCAGAAGGUGCUGCGGGCGAAGCGGCCGGUGUACGAGGCGACGCUGCGGAGCGGGCGGGCGCUGCGGGAGGGGGCGCGGCUGCCCCAGGACCUGCAGCCGCUGGAGGAGCUGCUGGGGGAGCUGAAGGAGCGCUGGGAUGCGCUGUGCAGCCACGCCGCAGAGAGGCAGCACAAGCUGGAGGAGAGCCUGCUCUUCUCGGGCAAGUUCACGGACGCGCUGCAGGCCCUCAUGGACUGGCUGUACCGCGCCGAGCCGCAGCUCAGCGAGGACGUGCCCGUCGGAGGGGACCGCGACCUGGUCGGGGACCUCAUGGACAAGCACAAGGCGGAGGAGUUCCACACCCUGGUGCACUCCUUCCUGGGGCGCCUGACCGAGUCGGAGAAGACCCUCAAGUACGGAGUGUUCCCCGAGGAGGAGGCAGCCGUGCAGGAGUGCCAGGCCCAGCUGCAGGAGCUGAUGCAGUCCUUGCAGUGCCAGCAGCUGGAGCUGGAGUGCAUCACCUCGCUGGGGGAGGAGAUCCUCACCACCUGCCACCCCGACUCCAUCAUCACCAUCAAAUCCUGGGUCACAGUUGCCAAGAGCCGCUUCCAGGAGGUGCUGAGCUGGGCGCAGCAGCAGGGCGAGCGGCUGCGGGCGCAGGCGGCCGCGCUGGCGGCCGAGCGGGAGGAGACGGCGCAGCUGCUGGACUGGAUCACGGCGGCCGAGGAGGCGCUGGGGCUGCGGGACCAGGAGCCGCUGCCAGAGGAGGCCGAGCCGCUGGAGGAGCUCAGUGCCCAGCACGCGGUGUUCAUGGAGGAGCUGAACCGCAAGCAGCCUGAUGUGGAGAAGGUGACCAAGAGCUGCAAGCGGAAGCUGGCGGUGGAUCUGGUCCCUCCGGCCACCCGCCGGCUGGCCACACGUCGCCGCAGCAGCGGGAAGGCGCAGGGCAUGGCGGCGGUGCCGCUCGGGGGGCUGGAGCCCCAGACGCCCCUCAUGGCCCAGCUCCUGCACCGCUGGCAGCAGCUCUGGCUGCUGGCCCUGGACCGGCAGUACCGGCUGGAGACGGCGCUGCAGCGCCUGCGGGAGCUGGAGGAGUUCGCGCACUUUGACUUUGGGGUCUGGAGGAAGCGCUACAUGCAGUGGAUCAGCCAGAUGAAGUCCCGCAUCCUGGACGUUUUCCGCGGCAUCGACAGGGACCAGGACGGGCGCAUCAGCCAGCGGGAAUUCAUCGAGAGCGUCCUUGCCUCCAAGUUCCCCACCAAUAUCCUGGAGAUGAAUGCCGUGGCCACCAUCUUCGACAUGAACGGCGACGGCUUCAUCGACUACUACGAGUUCGUCAGUGCUCUGCACCCCAACCGGGACCCGCUGCGCCGCUCCGCCGAUGCCGAUCAGAUCCAGGACGAGGUGAACAGGCAAGUGGCCCAGUGCAACUGUGCCAAGCGCUUCCAGGUGGAGCAGAUCAGCGCCAACAGGUACCGGUUCGGGGAGUCCCAGCAGCUGCGGAUGGUGCGGAUCCUGCGCAGCACCCUCAUGGUGAGGGUGGGUGGGGGCUGGAUCGCCCUGGACGAGUUCCUGGUGAAGAACGACCCCUGCAGAGUGAAGGGAAGGACCAACCUGAAGAUCAACGAGAAGUACCUGUCCUCAGACGUCUUCGGAGCCGCCGCCAGGUGUGCCGGGAACCAGUCGGCCGCCUCCUCCAAAGUGCUGUCCCCGAGCCGCUCCAACUCCAGCCUCAGCCUGUACAGCAGCGCCUCGGCCCCCAGCAGCCCCCUGGCCAGGAAGUCGGUGCUGCGGCGGACGCGCUCCGGGGACCGGUGUCCGCGCUCCCGGGGCUCGGGACUGCCCGACGGAGCCGAGCUGCAGUUCAGCGCGGCUGAGGAGAGCCUGGCGGUGGCACCCCCAGAGCCGCCCGAAGGGUCCCCUCCGGAGCGCUGCAGCCCCUGCCGCUGACCCCCGCGCCCGCCCUGCGCCCAGCACCCUCGGCCGGCCCCACUCAGGACCCUCCUCCACGGGGCUGGAGGACGCCGAAGCCGCGGCCGCGCCCCCCGCGGCUCUCCGGCCCGGCGCUGCGGCCCCCCGAGCGGGGCCGAGCUGUACGCCCGCCACCGAUCCCGCCGGGGCCCGUUCCAGAGGAUAUGCAACUAUCUCCCGACGCUCACCAAGCCCCCGGGCUCUGGUCUCCCGCCCCGCGGCUCCAGCGGGCAGGUCUGAGCCCCGGUGCCCCGCUCCGAGUGCCCGGGGCUGUGGGACCAGCCGGGCACCCCCGCGCCGGGCCCUGCCCUUCUCCCGUGCCGCCAGCUCGGGGGGGCUGCGGUACCCCCGGCACUCGGCGCUGCUGACCGGGGUCCCCAUCGUGCCUCCCACGCCCCGGCGGGAGGUGGCCGGGCUCGGUACCCGGGCACCGGGACGCCUGGCCGGAUGCCGAGCCCCGUUUCUGGUGCUAACCCUCACCCCUCGGCCCGCGGUGCGUGCGCCGGGCCCCCGGCUCUGGCCGCCCCCUGUCCCGGCGGGGCCGGGGCCGCCACGGGCGGGGGUCCCUGGCGCUGCAGUCCCGUCCUGCCGGGGCACCGGCGGGCAGCGGGACCCCCGCCCUGCUGACGCAUGCUCGUGCCACCGUGCCACCCUGCUAACCGGACAGCAGUAGCGCUGAAUGUAACCCCGGCCGGGCCCACCCGCCGCCACAAUAAACUGUAGUGAGGUUCCUUUUUCUAUGAGCA